UGCAUUAAGCAAGGCAGCUGAGGACUACACCAGACAUGGCUCAACUUUCCAGACUGGCCCAGCUGUACUACAAGAUCUCUGUCAAUCUGACAGAGGAUGAAGUUAGAGAUCUUAGAUCCUUACUCGCUGUUGAUAAAAUUCUUGGCAAAGCAAAAACUGAAAAGGCAACACCGCUAGAAAUCUUUAACAUGUUAGCAGACGACAAAACGAUUGGAAGGGGAAAUCUGGGGUUCCUUGUGCAGGUUCUAAGAUGUCUCGGAAAGGGAGAGUUGGCAGAAGAAGCCGAGCGUCUUGAGCAAGAACACAAAAUAAAAGAGAAGAAAACCACAGUCGUGACACCCGACGCCAACGGAUCAGAAGACGAACAAGUAACAACCGAGUCAAGAGUCGGUGCAGCAGCACUUACUACAAGUGACAGCACGUCAGAAGACACAGAAUCAGAAGAAACAGAAGUUAAGGAGAUCAUCUCUACUGAACACUCUCCUGGGGAAAUAGCCACAGAUCAUCAACGGACGACAGAAACAUGCGAUGAUACAGACGUGCGUGGCCGUGGUGAAACCUCCGAACUGGCCUCACUGCACAUCAGGGAGCUGGAAAGGCUGAUUGAGGAACCGAUGAAGACAUUAGGACCCAUUGAACCGGACACAUCUGCAGAUAUUCAGGAUGCCAAGUCCCGGUUAGUCACCCUCCUUGCUGAGCUGGACACGCCUGCAGUGGUGGCAGACCAGGAGAAACAGAGUGUCCUGUACUGUCAGAUAGGUGAUCUAUAUAGGGCUAAACUAUACAACUUAGAGUUAGCGCUGCAGUAUUAUAGAAGUAUGCUAGAAUGUUCACUGUCAGAAGAACAAACCCAAACCAAGGCCCAUAACAGACUAGGUCUGACAUAUGACGUGUUAGGUAAACACGAAGAAGCCACUAGGAAUCACGAGAGAGUUCUGGAGAUCUGUAGAGAUGUUAAUGCUGAUGAAGUUGAUAUUUGUGUCGCCCGCAAAAACUUAGCAACAUCGUUAACAUUGUCAGUUAAACAUUCAGAGGCAAAAACUAAUUAUAAAACAGCCUUGCGUUUGGCUAGGAAGACAGGAAACAAGAUUGAGGAGAUAGACAUUAACUGUAAGCUUGGUGACUUGCACAGAGAACAACUAAAAGAGCCGCAAGUGUCUCACAUGUACUACACAAACAUGUUGGCUCUAGCUAAGGAUUUUGAGAGCAAAUUUUGGGAAAUGCGGUCCUAUAACAGACUUGGGUUAGCUUGUGAGUAUAUGCAAAAUUGCGAACAAGCACUAGAGUGGCACCAGAAGAGCCUGGCACUAACCCUCGACAGUGCAAAUACAAGAGACCAGAUAAUAACACGCAUGAAUGUUGGUGCUUUACUAGGUGAAGCAAACGAGUCAAAGUCCCACCUUGACAAGGCCUUACAGAUGGCGCAGGAAAAGGGGGAAGAGUAUGGGCAGAUGAGUGUUUACAUUCACAUGGGUGACAUGCAGAGACAAAAAUUCAAUUCCCUCCGUACAUCUAUUCAGUAUUAUGAAAAGGCUCUUACACUAGCCAGGCAGUUGGGGGACAGGCGUCACGAGGGGUGGGCUUACAACAGGUUAGGAGACGCCCAUGUUGAUAUGAAGGAGUAUGGGGCAGCUCUAGAGUGGUAUCAGAAGCACCUAAAGAUAAGCCAAGAAACCGGACACAAGAAAGAUGAGGUAACAAUACUCGCGGAUGUGGGCAAUGCAUACAGAUUACUCGGAAAUACCGAACAGGCGACAAUCCACUUCACCACAGCCUUACAGCUGGCACAGCAGACAGAGAACCUACAUGGACAGAUGCAAGUUUACUUUAUGAUGGGUGACAUGCAGAGGGUACAACUCAACUCCCCACAUACAGCCAUGCAGUAUUAUGAACAGCACCUCGCACUAGCCAGGCAGUUGGGGGACAGGCGUCAUGAGGGAUGGGCUUACAACAGGUUAGGAUGGGCCCAUGUUGAUAUGAGGGAGUAUGAAGUAGCUCUAGAGUGGUAUCAGAAGCAUCUGAAGAUAAGUCAAGAAAUUGAAGACAAGAAAGAUGAGGUAACAGCACAUACAGCUGUGGGAAAUGCCUACAGAUUACUUGGAAACACCGAACAGGCGACAUCCCACUUCAACACAGCCUUACAGCUGGCACAGCAGACAGAGAACCGACAUGGACAGAUGGAUGUUUACUGUAAGAUGGGUGACUUGCAGAGGAAACAACUCCACUCCCCACGUACAGCCAUCCAGCAUUAUGAACAGUACCUCGCACUAGCCAGGCAGUUGGGGGACAGGCGUGAAGAGGGAUGGGCUUACAACAGGUUAGGAGACGCCCAUGUUGAUAUGAGACAGUAUGAAGCAGCUCUUGAGUGGUAUCAGAAGCAUCUGAAGAUAAGUCAAGAAAUUGAAGACAAGAAAGAUGAGGUAACAGUGCUUGCGAAUGUGGGAAAUGCAUACAGAUUACUUGGAAAUACCGAACAGGCGACAUCCCACUUCAACACAGCCUUACAGCUGGCACAGCAGACAGAGAACCGACAUGGGCAGAUGCGUGUUUACUGUAAGAUGGGUGACUUACAGCAGGAACAACUCCACUCCCCACGUACAGCCAUCCAGUAUUAUGAACAGUACCUCGCACUAGCCAGGCAGUUGGGGAACAGGCAUGAAGAGGGAUGGGCUUAUAACAGGUUGGGAGACGCUCGUGUUGCAAUGGAGGAGUAUGAAGCAGCUCUAGAGUGGUAUCAGAAGCAUCUAAAGAUAAGUGGAGAAAUUGAAGAUAAGGAAGAUGAGGUAACAGUGCUCACGGAUGUGGGAAAUGCCUACAGAUUACUCGGAAAAACCGAACAGGCGACAUCCCACUUCGAUACAGCCUUACAGCUGGCACAGCAGACAGAGAACCUACAUGGACAGAUGAAUGUUUACUGUAAGAUGGGUGACAUGCAGAAGAAACAACUCCACUCCCCACGUACAGCCAUCCAGUAUUAUGAACAGCACCUCGCACUAGCCAGACAGUUAGGGGAUAGGCAUGAGGAGGGAUGGGCUUACAACAGGUUAGGAGACGCCCAUGUUAAUAUGAGGGAGUAUGAACCAGCUCUAGAAUGGUAUCAGAAGCAUCUGACGAUAAGUCAAGAAAUUGGAAACAAGAAAGACGAGGUAACAGUGCUUGCGGAUGUGGGCGAUGCAUACAGAUUACUAGGAAAAACCGAACAGGCGACAUCCCACUUCGACACAGCCUUACAAUUGGCACAGCAGACAGAGAACCUACAUGGACAGAUGGAUGUUUACUGUAAGAUGGGUGACUUGCAGAGGGAACAACUCCACUCCCCACGUACAGCCAUCCAGUAUUAUGAACAGUACCUCGCACUAGCCAGGCAGUUGGGGGACAGGCGUCAGGAGGGACUGGCUUACAAUGGACUGGGACGGGCCCACUAUGCGAUGGGGGAGUAUGGGAAUGCUUUGGAGUGGGACAUGAAGGACCUGGCGAUACGUCAGGAAAUUGGAUACAACCUGCUUAUAACGCAUCAAAACAUUGCUGAUUCCUACAAGGCACUGGGUAAACUGGACCAGGCUAGAUCUCACUAUCAGUCAGCCAUGAACAUCGCCGUGGAGACAGGAAACAAACAGAAACAGAUGGACAUUUACCUCCGUCUGGGUGAUUUACACAGGGAACAGCUACAUGAACCACAGGAAUCACACAAGUACUACACAGAGAUGUUGGCUCUGGCUAAAGACUUGGAGAGGAAGGACAGGGAGAGACAGGCUUACAACAGACUCGGACUGGCUUGUGAGGCUAUGCAGGAUAAUGAGGCAGCUCUGGAGUGGCAUCAGAAGCACCUGAAGAUGACCCAAGAGGAUGGAAACAAGACAGAAGAGUUAACAGCACAUGAAAACAUAGCUGCUUCCUACCAGGCACUGGGCAAAUUGGAACAGGCCAGAUCUCACUAUCAGUCAGCCCUGACCAUCGCCAUGGAAACAGGAAACAAACAGCAACAGGAGGACAUUACCAAGGCCCUGAGUAAACUUGACCAGGUCAGUUCUCACUCUCAAUCAGCCAUGGCCAUAGCAACGGAGACAGGAAACGAACAGGAACAGGAGGACAUUACCGAGGCAAUGGGUAAACUAGACCAGGUCAGAUGUCAGUCUCGGUCAGUCAUGGCCAUCGCCAGGAAACGAACAGGAACAGAGUCAGGAAACGAACAGGAGCAGAGAAAAAAUUCCAAGAAGCAGAAAGGACACAAAAACUGCCAUGUUAGCUAG